AUGAAUUCCAAAAUGAAACAGAAACUGAAUGCGGACAAAUCGUCAGGAUCUGUGCAGAAGUACCUCACAGACACAGCGUGCGGUGCUGCCCCAAGACGGACUCUUAAAAUGAUUCAGCCUUCAGCAACAGGCUGCCUGGUUGGCAGACGUAAUGAGAAGAAACCUUCAGUCAAGAGGAAAGUCUGGAAUAACAAGCUUGCCUCAAAGGCUUGUAAAGCUGAGGCAUUGGUGGACAAAGAGCAAGAAAAUGAGAAUACAAGUGAUGUCAUUCAAGCUGUAGAUCUCAUGGUAAAAGGAAGUCCUUCACAGCAGUAUUGGAAGGAAGUGGCUGAAGAAAGGAGGAAGGCUCUGUAUGAAGUGCUUCAAGAAAACGAAAAGUUGCACAAAGAAAUUGAACAGAAAGAUGGUGAAAUUGCCCGCCUAAAAGAAGAAAAUGAAGAGCUCAUGUCCUUUGCUGAACACGUGCAUUAUAUGACCAGCGUGAUUGAGAGGCUAACUGGGCAAGCACCUGACAGUCUUGAGACAUGGAGCAGUCUGGCUGGAGGGGAAUCCAAACAAGAAGAUGAAGAGCUUAAUUGUGGAGAUGAUGCAGACAGCGCUUCAGAGAAAGGGCCAUCACAACUAUCAUGUGGCUUAAGGGAGAGUAUAUCAGAUCUUGCUUUGAAGGAAGCAGAUCACUUGCAACAGGAGUGA